AUGAACGUUUAUUUCAUAAUCUUCCAUUCAAAUGAUCCUCCUGAGGGAUCUGAGGAUGAAAUAGAAGCAUCAACCAAAAAUUUAGAACUUGACGAUCACCCCAUGGAAAGAGCAAUGGUGCCACCCCAUAUCGAUUCCGAUUUUCAACCGUUCACACAUUCUCAAGAAUACAGGAGAGAUUAUUAUUCCAAUACCGAAAAUAUGCUGCUAGAGACUAUCCCCAAGAUAUCUAUCAAAAACUGCGAUGCUCUCUUCGAUAAACCUUGCGAUGAUUCUGAAUGUUCAAGGACUGAUUUGUUUUAUCUGAGAGCAAGAGAAGUUAUCCUGGAAAGUGGAUCGCUGCCUAAUGAACUUGAGCUGAGGGAUAAUGGAGUUUUUGCGAAGAUGAAUAUUGCUAAGUGCACCAGAUAUGGUCCGUUUCAAGGAAAGUGGGCCAGUGUUCCGCAGGAUGCCAGGUUUGCAUGGGAGGUAAGUGCUGAGACUUUCACUUGA